GAUGUAUCCGAGAUGAGAUGCACCCGGCCAUGGUUUCGCUAUAGCACCCGCGCUUGUCGGGAAGGAUGGACCUUCGCCUGGACCCGAGUUUUAACUUCAAUUGCACGAGCAUCUUCCGCGAGGAUCUUGUACUCCUAGGGUACCUGCCGCUGACCACCCUUUGCUCGGAGCACACAGCCGUGAACCUGGCCAUCGUGUCGAUGAUGUUCAGCUUCUGCUCCAGGGAGGAUGGCUUCUGCGACGUGCCGGCCGUGGGCCGAGAGUUCCGGGGCUUGAAAGCUCGCCUGGUGCGAGUUCUCGGGAAGGUGGCCCCACGUCUGCCGGCGAAGCUGGGCCGCCUGGCGGCUUUGGCUUCCAGGAGGAGUUGGCGGGAAUCCCGGUGCGAGGAGAUCAUGGAGGUGCCACGUGCCGAGAUCUUCACCCACAUCCCGGUGGCGAAUUUGUUCGAGUGCAUGCGAAAGUUGAAGGAUGCCUCCUUCUACCACUGGCAGAUUCUGCUGCAUGGGGCGAUCCUUCUGCGGAGCUUCCCGAGCACGGUGCGCUGGACCUUGCCCCGGGCCUUCUUCGGCGGACACGCGGGGGAAGACGCGGAGGAGGAGGCUCGGACCUACCGCAGCUUCGCGCUGCUGGCCCUGCUGCAGCACUUGGCCUUGGAGAAGGCGCCGCUGGCGCCGCUGGUGGCGGUGGAGAUCGGGGUGUCCUGGGCCAGCACCUCGCGCGCGCUGCUGCGCGCCCUGCCGUCUCUGCACCUCAUUCUGGUGGAGCCUGAAAUUCAGGCCAUUGCAAGGACCCGGAUGCUGGAGUUCCAGGACCGGGUCACCUGGGUCAACGAGAUGAGCCGUGAAGCGGCGGCCAAAGUGGAGGACCAGUCCGUUGACCUGGUGUUUAUCGACGGCGACCACUCUUAUGAAGCAGUGAUCGAGGACAUCCGGGCGUGGCGCAGGAAGCUGCGCGUGGGCGGGGUGUUGGUGGGCCACGACUUCACCGCGCCCCAGCGGGGCGUGGUGCGCGCGGCCGCGGAGUUCGCGCUGCGGGUGAACGCCACGCUCGGGCUGUCGCCUGACUGCUGGUGGCUCUUCAAGCCUAAGUCUGGCUGGGAGUGAGCCGCUGAAAACGCGCGCGGGAAGAAAAGAACGGAAGGCUCGCAAAAAAUGCCACUUGUCACUUUGCUGCUUGGC